UAUGGUUCCAUUUUGUAGGGAAUAUCUGUGAAAAUGAUCGCAGCCGGUGCUGAACAUACUGCUGCAGUCACAGAAGAUGGCAAGCUCUAUGGUUGGGGCUGGGGUCGAUACGGGAACUUGGGUUUAGGUGACAGAAAUGAUCGUUUAGUCCCUCAGCAUGCUUCUGCUGUUGAUGGACAGAAAAUGGUUCUGGUUGCAUGUGGAUGGCGGCAUACAAUAUCUGUUUCCUCUUCUGGGGGUAUAUAUACCUAUGGCUGGAGCAAAUAUGGACAGCUAGGACAUGGCAACUUUGAGGAUCACCUUAUUCCUCAACAGUUGGAAGCUCUGCAUGAUAUUUCUCAGGUCACCUCUUGUUCUCAUCCUUUAAACAAUUUUGCCUUCGAACUCUUCUUAAUUGACUGCCUGAAUGACUUCUUUAUUUGAAGGAAUUUGGACUUC